UAUAUCCAUUGAUAAGACUAUCGAAACAAUAAUCUGUCACCACAGAUAAACAGCAUUGUUAAUGUUUACUGUUUUCAACAACACAUAUAGUUUAUGCAGUCGUAAUUCGUAAUCUUAUAUAUUGUGGCGUGUGCCAAUUACCGCUUAAAUCUGUGUAAAUUGUAUUGUUUGAAAAAAUUGUAUUUCUUAAAUGAAAAUACGGCAAAUGUCAAAUCUAACAUUUCGAUUUCUCGCUGUUCGCUGAAGCACACGAAUCUGAAAACUUAAACGUAUAAUACCUUAUGAAAAGUGUUUUUGUUUUGAAAUUAAUUGAUCAACUAUCAAGCUUUAAUAUUUAUAAAACCUACUGAUUUUUUCAUGUUUAUUUAAUUUAUAUAGAAAUGGAAAAAACAGAUGAACCAUGUGUUACAAUACUUUUUGAUAAUGGUGAAAAGGCUGAAUUUAGUAAGAUGUAUUUAAUUAAGCAUAGUGCAUAUUUUGAAGCUAUGUUUUGUGGAAAUUUUAUGGAAUCUCAUUCUGGAAAUCAAAUAACAUUGAAAGACAUAAACAAUAAAGGUUUUAUGAGUGUUAUUGAGAGUUUGAAACAUAAUCGUAUUGUUUAUGAUGGCCUAGAAAACUUACUCAAUAUAUUGGAAACAUCACAGCUUCUUCAGUUUACGGAUAUCAUACAAAAAUCAAUUGAAGUCAUCACGGAAAAAUAUUUGUUUUCUGUUCAUGCAGUACCUAUAUUUUCUCUUGCUUCUACACUUGGAUUACAAGAACUAUAUGAAAAAGCUCGUGUGUUUAUUCUCUAUAAUUUCAAAAAAUUGUUGGUUCUGAAUAAAAAUAGUUUUUUUGAAUUAAAUGAAGAAGAUUUACAACAGUUAUUAAAAGAUAAUGGUUUAAAUAUAGAUAAUGAAAUAGAUAUAUUUGAUUUGAUUAUUGAGUGGUGUUCAAAGACUAAUAAUUAUAAUAUUGGGUAUGAAAUAGCUGUUGAUUGUGUAGAUUUUAAUGCUAUGGAUAUGGUGCAGUUGAAUUAUAGUAUUACAAAAACUAAUCAUUUUAAUUUAAUAAACACUAUUAGACACUACAUAAAUUAUAAAAGGGGACAUGAAACAUCAUUGAAUUUAUUAAUUAAACCACCAAGAUGUGUUCCACAUGUUUUAUGUGCUAUAAAAAAUGAAGAAGAUGGCUAUGCAUUUAUUUAUCGUUGGGAUUGGGUGUCCCUGAAGUUCACUAAGUUUCUUAGAUUGGAUCCAUUGCCUCUCUAUACAACUGGAUAUCAUGUGAUUGUACAUGUUACAUUUAUGCUUAUAGAGAUGGACAUUUUUGUAUUGGCUGGAGAAAUUGGGUAUUUGAGAGAUACAUGGAAUAGAUCAGGUUGGAAGUACAAUUUAUUAUCUAAACAGUGGAAAAAGUUAGAUGGAUUUGUUUCAUCUAAAAGGCGCCAUGGUGUUGGACAUUUUUGUGGUAAUGCAUUGUAUUUGAUUGGAGGUCAUUCAAAUCAUCGAUGUCCUAAUGAAUUAAUAGAAAAGUUUUUACUACAUAAAAGUUUAGAAAUGGAUACACUUGUUCGAGUUGAAAGCUAUCGAUGUAAUAAUUUUACCAAAAAUGUUGAUAGAAAAUAUUACAUUUGUUUGAAUUAUAAGAAACAGUUGGUGGUGAUAACUAAAGAUCAUAAUCCCGUGUGGUAUGGUAUGUGUCCAGAUAAAUGUAAUUCAGAAAAUGUAAAGUGGGAAAGUUGCUCAAUGAAUUUAAAAGCAACUAUCAUUAGUGCUGUUGUUUACCUUGAUUAUGUAUAUUUACUUGCAUACAGCGCUCGGUAUAUGAUUGCCUUGUACUGUUAUCACCCUACUGAACAAUUAUGCCGGGAGAUAAAACGUUUUACAACAAUAUAUAAUCCAUAUACUACAAUGUGUGCCUUUAACAUAAAUAUGGCUAUGGUAUUUGGCAAAAAUUAUCUUGAAUGUCAUUCUAUGGCUCAUGAUACUAACACAAGGUAUAAAACCCAAUUUGAUUCAUUUCAUUCUAACUACUUUUUUAGUAUACCAUAUUAUUAAAUCAAAUUAUUUCUUGAUUUAAAUUUUGUGAAAUGUAUAUAAGUAUUUUUUUUAUAUAUUAUAAUG